AAAUGAAAACAAUGCAUUAGUUUAAUCAAAUUAUUGUAAUGCCAACUAUUCAUCAGAGCUGAAGGAAAAUAACCUAGAUUCCCUCCACACACACACACACACAUUAGGCCUUUUAGAGCAAGUCACCCUCAAAUCAACUUUUUUUGUUGAUAAACUAUAUAAAUGAGUGUCUAAUUGCUCUGUAGACACGUUCAGCCAAUAAUUUGGCACUUUAGUUAAUCUUAGUUAAAAUUUAAAUAAUCUGCCUAAAACUGUCAGCGAUGCACCAUCGUCCAGCAAAAACUCAGCACUGCAUUUGAAUUUAAAUCUGCCAUCGCUAUUGGCUAAGAGGUACACUAUGAUGUUAGAUGGUACAUUAUGAUGUCACAAUGUCGUGAGUGUGUGUAUUUGUUAGUGGCUCCGCCCUCUCGGUCUGCUAUAGGCAACAGCAUUUGUUGCAUUUUUCAAACAGGAAGUGGGAGUUGAGUAGGAAUCUGGCAGGGGGUGACUUGCUCUUUAACAAUCUUACAACAUGGUGGGUAAUUAUUUCACUGACACCAUCAUCAUUAAGGUAAAAUAUGGUUUAUAAACAUUUUAAUUUCAUGCAUCACAUCACAGAUCAACAUUGAAUUUUUAUCAUUGUGCAAAAAUGUUUUAAAGAAAAUCAUCAUUUUUUGCCAUUUAGUGUUCAAACCCUAGCAGAAUGUAAUGUGUUACUCAAGCAAGCAAUUGUAUGUAACACUAAUCAAUAAUAUUGUUGUAAAAAAGUUUAAUUUAGUAAAUAAACUGCUGAGGACCACUCAGGGGUCAGAGUUCACGAGCCUCACAGCCACAGAGCCUAGUAAUACAAAUCUGGAAAGUGUCUACUUGAGAGACAUAUUCCAUUAUUUUUAAUCCUGGUGGCUCUUCGAAUGGAUGGAUGGAUGUUUUUAUAAUUGGCGAAAUAUGGAAGAGUUUAUGUUUAUGUAUUUAGCGGACGCUUUUGUCCAAAGUGACUUAGAGGUGAUCCGAAGUGAUCCAAAAUAGUAUUUACUACAUAAGAAUGGUGCUUCAACGGUAAAGCUUGGUUUAUGCUUGACGCAUUCACUUUCCGCGCAGUGAUGCGGCUCGCGGAUGGAACGCGCUUCACAACUCGCAGCUUUUAUGGUUUGUGCGGCUCGUCUCUGCGGUGAGCCAAUAUUCUCCCAAACUGUAGGGGGCAGCAUGGAGCACUAGGCAUGCACCCAACACUACACCAUAGUAGAAGUAGAAAUUACUGUUUACAGCAUGGCAUUUCAGCAUUUUUAACAGCGUUCUCAUCUUUUCCGACAGUGCGAGCUAUUUCUCUCCAAGAAUUAUUAACUACAUGUUGAUCACGGUGAUCUCUGAGAGCUGAAUCAUACAAAUGUCUGUAUUUACGAACCUCUGCCAUACUAAUUCUUGCCGGUCCACCAAGUUUUUCCGCGUCCGUCCGUCCGCGUGGUUAGAAAUUUUCCGAGGUGCGCGUUGCGGAAAUUCUGGGCCGUGCGGAGGCGCGUGGUUGUUAAAAUGACGCAACUUUUCCGCGAGGAGCUGUGCGGACCUCGCGGACGCGUCAAGCAUAAACCAACCUUAAGGAAGCGAGUGCAAAAAUUAUCCUCAGACAGCAAACUUCAAGAGCAACUCCCCCCCCAAAUAAACUUUUUUUUUGCUGAUAAACUAAAUAAACGAGUGUCUACUCAUGCUGCAGACACGUGUAGUCAAUAGUUUUGCACUUCAGUGCAUCUUAGUUCAAAUUGAAAUAUUCUGACUAAAACUCAGUGUUGCGCUGUGGUUGGGUAAAAACUGCACUGUAUUUGAAUUUAAAUCUGCCACCGCUAUUGGCUAUGAGGUAUGCUAUGAUGUAAGCUGGUACAUUAUGAUGUCACAAUGUUGUGAGCCUGUGUGUGUGUGUAUUUGUUAGUGGCUCCGUCCUCUCGGUCUGCUAGGACACAGCAUUUGUUGAAUUUUUCAAUCAGGAAGUGGGAGUUGAGGAAGAAUCUGGUAGGGGGUGACUUGCUCUUUAAACAGUAUGUUACCACGUAACAAUUGUUCUAUUUUCUAGAUUUUGAUUGGUCCGCCUAACGUGGUUCUGCAUUUUGACUGGACAAGUGAAUUACGGGAUGCGGUCUCCUAUUGGAUACUGUAAAUGUAGUUCUUGGCGCUGAUUGGCUGAACUGACGAGCUCGUUGAGUCCGGCAAAGUGUCGAACUGCGAACAGGAGAGGAGCUGGGCGAGAAGGAAGUGCUUUUUAAAAUGGAAACGUAUAAGUAAAACUUCUACUUUCUACAGCUCGACGAGUUAAGGAGCCCGUCAUGCCCGCCCAGCCCCCUGAGAGAGAACCAGAGGAGGAGAUGGAGGCAGACGGAGAGUCACAACUCCCCGAGACCAACGGAGAGGUGGAGGAACCAAAGAGGGGUGGAGGAGGAGAGGAAACCAUGGAGGAAAGCACAGAGGAGCGGGAGAGUGAUAUGGAAGAGAGUGAAGAGGAGGAAGAGGAAGAGGAAGAGGAGAGUUCAGAGAUGGAUGAUGAAGACUGUGAACGGAGGAGAGGAGAGUGUCUGGAUGAGAUGAUGGAUCUGGAGAAACAGUUUCAGGAGCUCAAAGAGAACAGAAGAACUGAACGGCGGUGCGAUUGCAGGCUGUUUCGGGAGCGGCUGAACCAGGCGAAGGUGAAACUAGACGAGGUGCUGACAGGAAGAGCUGGAGAGUACCGAGAACCACUGGCUGCACUACAGACCAGCAUGCAGAUCCAAACACGGGUGGCAGGAGUCUACAGAGAGCUGUGUCUGCAGGUCAUCAAGCACAAGCAUGAAUGUGAAGUACAAGGAGCAAGGCAACACCUGGAGAGCGAGAGGUCUCUGCUGUUUGAUGCCAUGAAGGCAGAACUUCUGGAGAAGAUCAGGAGACUGGAGGAGGACAGACAGAACAUCGACCUGAGCUCAGAGUGGAGUGAUGAGAUGAGAGGCAAGAAGUGUAAUAAGAGAAGGAACCUGCUGGGUCGCUCAGACAGGAAGAAGAAAGUGGCUCUUGUUUCAGGGCCUUUUAUUGUCUACAUGCUGAGAGACAUGGACAUCCUCGAAGACUGGACCACCAUUAAAAAGGCAAAAGCAGCUCCGUCCCCGCUCAAAAAGAAAGUGGAGAAGCAGUGAUGAUGAUGAUGAUGAUGACGAUGAGAGGGUUUCCUGUCUCUGACUGAAAGAGCAGCUCAGACUGGUUUUAUUUCAGCGCCUUCGGCCUCAGCCGCCAGCCUCACUCCUGUUUGUUUUUUACGUGUUGCUAUUUAAAAUGCAUCCUUAAUUAUGUGACAACCAUGUAUUUAUAGAAUGAUUUAUAAUGCUGAUUAAAUUUUAAUCUUUUAUGACACAA